AUGAGUUGUUCUUGUGCAACCUCCGCCGCGGCCCCCGCCGCCGCCAUCGGCCUUCUUUCUUCUCCGCGCCCAAGCGCCACUCGGUUACCUUCCUCACUCGCUCUCCCUCGUUCCUCGUCUCCUGGGCUAACAACCGCCGCCAGGUGGAGGAAGCAGCAGCAUCAGCGGAGGCAGCCGGUUUGCUGCGAAGUGGCGGUCCGAUCGUCGAACGAUUCGGCGACGUCGUCGGAGCAUAGGAUCGGAGCGAAGGUGCGGGUGACGGCGCCGCUCAAGGUGUACCACGUGCCCCGCGUCCCGGAGGUGGAUCUGACGGGGAAGGAAGGGGUGCUGAAGCAGUACGUAGGGUUGUGGAAGGAGAAGACCAUCUCCGCCAAUUUACCAUACAAGGUGGAGUUUCUGCUGGACGUCGAAGGCCGUAGCUCCCCCGUCAAGUUCUCCGCCCAUCUCCGCGACGACGAGUUCGAGUACCUGGAUUGA